ACCUUACAACAACACACAGAUUGAUUUGACAAUUUGUCCCGGCUGGAAGGAAAUUAUUUGCAAAUAAUUGAUUGACUCUUUGUACUUAUCGGUUUAUGGCACCACAUCGGCAUGUGCCUUAAAUGGAUGUGACUCAAAUCAUUGACAAAACUGAUUUUUCGACAGCGCAAAUCAGUGAAGUUCAGAGGCUAAGCAAAUUACAUCGCCCGGAGCAACUAGCACUGCAUGAAUGGAGCCUUUUAUGAUCAUAGGGAAAACCGUUCCCUGGGGACAUGAAAUUUUAGAGGGUUUUCCCUCUUAAACACACACGGGUACACUUGAAAGGAGAAGAGAAGCUCAUGAAAAAAAGGACCAAGACGCGUCAUGAAGGCUUACUGAAGACCACAGCGUUAGGAACAAGAAAAUACAAAUAACUGGCGGACGGGGAAGCCCCAAGAUGAAGGAGAUGAAGCUGACCGCCUUUCUUCUCCUCCUCUUGGUUUGGAUGGAGGGAGGAUCCACCAAGGAGAAAGGAACUAAGAAAGGGAAGAAGAAAGGAAGGCAGGUCGACUGUCCCUCACAGCUGUCAGCUGAGGAUCUUGCACGGGUCCCUGAAAAUUCAACCAGCAACAUCUUGAACAGGUUACUGAUCACCUACGAUCCCAGAAUCAGGCCCAACUUCAAAGGCAUUCCUGUUGAAGACAAAGUGAACAUCUUCAUCAACAGCUUUGGGUCGAUCCAGGAAACCACCAUGGAUUACAGGGUGAACAUCUUCCUGCGUCAGCGAUGGAACGACCCCAGGCUCAGACUUCCUCAGGACUUCAAGUCUGAAUCGCUCACCGUCGAUCCUAAAAUGUUUAAAUGCCUCUGGAAGCCAGAUCUGUUCUUUGCCAACGAGAAAAGUGCAAACUUCCACGAAGUCACCCAGGAGAACAUUCUGCUGUUCAUCUUUCGUAACGGAGAUGUUCUGAUCAGUAUGAGGUUGUCAGUUACUCUAUCGUGCCCCCUGGACCUCGCUCUGUUUCCCAUGGACACCCAGCGCUGUAAAAUGCAGCUGGAGAGCUUUGGCUACACCACAGAUGACCUGCGGUUCAUGUGGGAGACCGGAGACCCAGUCCAGAUGGAUGAGAUCGCCUUACCCCAGUUUGAUAUCAAACAAGAGGACAUCGAAUACGGGAACUGCACCAAGUUCUAUGCAGGAACAGGUUAUUAUACGUGCGUGGAGGUGAUCUUCACCCUGAGGCGUCAGGUGGGCUUCUAUAUGAUGGGCGUCUACGCACCCACCCUCCUCAUCGUGGUCCUGUCCUGGCUCUCCUUCUGGAUCAACCCAGACGCCAGCGCUGCCCGCGUUCCUCUGGGGAUCCUGUCUGUGCUCUCGCUCUCCUCCGAGUGCACCUCCCUGGCCUCUGAGCUGCCCAAGGUGUCCUACGUGAAGGCCAUCGACAUCUGGCUGAUCGCCUGCCUGCUGUUUGGCUUCGCCUCCCUGGUGGAGUACGCCGUGGUGCAGGUGAUGCUCAACAGCCCCAAGCGCAUUGCGGCCGAGAAGGCCAAGAUGGCGUCCAAGGAGAAGGCGGAGGGGAAGACGCCUGGGAAGAACAACACCGUCAACGGAACCAGAGGGACGCCCAUGCACGUCAGCACGCUGCAGGUGGUGGAGACUAGGUGUAAGAAAGUCUGCACCUCCAAGUCGGACCUCCGCACCAACGACUUCAGCAUUGUGGGCUCCUUGCCCCGGGACUUCGAGCUCUCUAACUUUGACUGCUACGGGAAGCCCAUCGACCUGUCGGGCGCGCUGGGGAGGUCGCAGGGGAAGCACAAUAAGAAGCUGCCUGCUCCCAAGCCCGUCAUCCCCUCAGCUGCCAAGCGGGUGGACCUCUACGCUCGCGCCCUCUUCCCCUUCACCUUCCUCUUCUUCAACGUCGUCUAUUGGUCCGUGUACUUGUGAUAAUCUAGUGUUUUGGUCAAUCCUCCUUCCACCCCCUUCCAUGCUUUACUUAACAAUCUAGUUGUACUCAUGAUACAUUGGGACUUGAAAUAGUGAUGAAGCAUCACAGGAGUGAUUCCUGUGAUGAAGGGUGUAGAAAUGAAUCCACAAAAUAAAAUAAAUCAAAACAUAUAUAAUUAAACUAUUAAUUAAUUGUAAAUAUCCAAGGCCUCUGCUGUUUGACACGAGAGUUUUGGUUGACCCAAAGUGUAACAUUGUGAAAUCUUUGCAUGUUGAAAAAUGGUAAACAGUAAAAACAAUAUAUAAAUAUAAACAUAUAUAGAUAUGAUUAUAAAUAUGUUCUAUUGUAACUAUAAGAGUUUGUUACUCUUGGUAUUCUCUGUAUGGGAUUCUAGUGGAUAAUGUGACACCGUAUAGCACCGUAUUCUAGUUCAGAUAGUCCAAUGACACUGCCACGCCAUCUAUUGUAACUUUUUACCAUCUUUCACUUCCUGUUUCACUUCCAUCA